AAAUCAAAAAUUUGGGGACAGCGGGAAAACAAAAUCCUUGAAAAAUCAAUUUUUGGUGUGGAGCGGGAGAGACAAAUCCUGCUCUCUCGUCAGGUGAGUUUCCCAUAAGUAAUUAUUGAUGGCGAGAACAAAGCAUUUCGCUACGAGGUCCGGACCUCGGACUCCAGCUGAUGCUUCGUCUUCUCAGGCGGCUCGUCCCAGUUCGAGCCCGGCAACAAGAGGCAGAGAAGGUGUAGACGCUGCUGCUCAACAACCAACUCCUGCAACUUCACCUGCUACUGCUAAAAAGAAAGGGGCGAAGAGAGCUAGAUUUGGUAGGCCACAAGCUUCACAAAAAAAGAAGCCUUACCGUUACAGGCCAGGAACCGUUGCUCUGAGAGAGAUUCGCCAUUAUCAGAAGGGCACUAGCCUUCUCAUUCCAGCUGCUGCCUUUAUCAGACAAGUGAGAAGUAUAACCAAUGCGGUGGCCCCUCGGGAAGUAAAUCGUUGGACAGCUGAAGCUCUUGUAGCUCUUCAAGAGGCGGCAGAAGAUUUCUUGGUUGGUUUGUUCUCUGAUUCAAUGCUCUGUGCUAUCCAUGCAAGACGUGUUACUCUAAUGAGAAAAGACUUUGACCUUGCACGCCGGCUUGGAGGAAAAGGCAGACCCUGGUGAUAAAAACACAUCUCUUUCAUUGUAAGUGAAAGUCCGAAUAGUUGACAACAAAUGUGUCGUAGGUUGUAUAAGAUUGAUUAUUCACUUCUACUUUAUGUCUCGUGACGCUUGUCCUUCUUUUCGACUUGAUGAUCUGACCAAAACAUAACUGGAAAUCUGAUUUUGGUUUGAUUCAAUAUCUAGGUUGUAAAACAUCUUUCUUUAUGUGUGUUUCUUGUUUGUUUUGUCUC